CAUACUAUUUCUAUAAACAAGAUGGCAGCCCCCAUCGAGAAGUCGAGUUCCACGCUGUUUGUGAGAAAUUUACCUUAUUCGGCCACUAAAGAACAUCUCGAAGAAGUAUUCAGUGAUAUCGGACCAGUAAAAAAAUGUUUUGUGAUUACAGAUACAGGUGUCAAAGAUAAAUGCAGAGGAUUUGGAUAUGUGACAUUCGCACUCAGAGAGGAUGCUGACAAAGCAGUUACAGCCCAUCUAAGUCUCGCCCAAAGAAAACUCUUUAUUUCGUACUCCAGAAGGAAAGACCCUCGCAAGAAAGAGAAGCCUAAGAAAGAUGAAGAUGAAGAAAAUGGCUUUGAAAUAGUAAAGUCAACAGAGACAGAGACUAAAGACACUAAAGAUGAGACAACUGGGGAGGAUGUGGUUAAACAACUCGACCAGUCCAAGGCCGGAGAGGGAAAACAUGAGGAGAGAAAAGGACGGAGAAAUCCAAGAGGAAAGGGCAGGGAAGGAGAGCCAGGUGGCGAGGGGAAGGUUGGAAGAUUGAUCAUCAGAAACCUAGCUUUCCAGUGCUCUGAAGAAAAGUUGAAGAAGUCCUUUACACGUUUUGGCGAGAUCGUUGAGGUGCACAUACCGAGUGACCCGAAGGAUUCAACUAAAGUACGUGGUUAUGGAUUUGUUCAGUUCAGUGACGCAACAAGUGCAGCAGAAGCAAUCAAGGAGAUGAAUGCCAAGAAACUUAUGGGGAGACCAAUUGCCGUUGAUUGGGCAGUUUCUAAAGAAAUCUACCUAAAAGCUUCAAAGAAAAAACAGCCUGACUUAAAAAAGCAACAGAAACCAGCAGAAGACAGCGAAGAGGAGGAAGAAGACGAAAGUGACGGAGAAUCUGGAGUAGAAUCGUCGUCAGAGGUUGAGGAAAUGGAAGAAGGGAUUGAAGAUGACAAUGAAGAAGAACAAGAUGAAGAAGAAGAUGAAGAGGUAGAAGAAGAAGAUGACGAAGAUGCAGAUGAAGAUAGUGAUGAGGAAGACGAAGACAGCGAUGAGAUGGAUAGCGAAGAUGAAGGUGUCGAAUCUAAGAAGAGCGGAAAGAAAACAAAGAAAUACCAGGAGGUCGGUCAGAAAAAGCCGAGGAAUAUCUCCAAUGAUGUUGGUCAAGGAAGAACUGUUUUUUUAAGGAAUCUUCUUUUUGAGACGUCAGAAGCGGAGAUCAAAGAAAUGUUCUCACAGUUUGGGGAGAUUACAUACAGUAAGAUUGUCGUUGAUCCAGCUACGGAACAUCCCAAAGGCACAGCAUUUGUACAGUUUGGCACCAAAGAGAGUGCAGAGAAAUGUCUACAGAUGGCUAAUAGCUCAGAGGAGGGAGAAGAUGGUUUGGAACUCGGUGGUCGUAAGUUGCUCGUUUCUCUAGCUGUGCCGAGAGCUGAGGCAUCCAAGCUUAGAGAAGUAAAGAAAGAUCAACAGAAAGUCUUAAAGAAGGACAAGAGGAAUACGUACCUGCUUCAAGAAGGCUUCAUCAGACCAGGGACCCAGGCUGCGCAGGGCAUGACAGACGCAGACAUAGCUAAGAGAACCAAGUUAGAACAAAUCAAACGACUCAAACUCCAGAACAUCAAUGUCUUCGUCUCACCGACUCGUCUUGCAAUUCAGAAUCUGCCAAAGUAUGUUGAUGACAAGAUGCUACGGGAGGCGGUCCUGAAAGCCGUAGAUGACAAGAAGGCCAGAAUCAUUGAGUCGAGAGUCAUGCGUGAUAUGAAGACACCGAAUGCGCAGGGUCUUUGCAAGUCAUUCGGUUUUGCAUUUUGCGAGUUCACAAAACAUGAACACGCUCUGGAGGCACUUCGAAAAAUCAACAACAGCACAGAGUUCUUUGGAGGAAUAAAGAGACCCAUAGUUGGAUUCUCAUUGGAAAAUCGCUUGGCACUGGAAACUAAAAAAAGAAGGAGAGAUAGGUCUUUACUAAAGGCUCAGCAAAUUCAAAACAUGCAGAAGGGUAAAGACGGUAAAACCGCGGUCGACGGAAAACAAACCAUCCUGAAAUCAAAAGCUCUCCUCUCCAAGAAAGGCGUUCUACCUCCACCUCCUUCAUCUAAACUGGAGAAGAGAAUCUCCAAUAAGACGAUACCGAAGCACGUCGGCGCUAAGAACAGAUGGAGGGAUAAAGGCAAGGCUGAAGAAACCAAGAGGCAGGCAAAGAAGAAGAGACAGAAGGAGUUGUUGAGCAUGUCGGGGAGGAAGGUUAGGGAGCCAGCGAAACCCAAGAGGUUAACGGCAGAGGGCAAACCACAGAAAUCAAGAAGAAACCAAACAGGCCGAGCAGAGGAGGCCAAGUUCAGUAAACUGGUGGAGAAUUACAAGCAUAAACUCUUCAAUAAAGAAGGAUCUGGCCAAGCUCUGAAAAAAUCCAAAUGGUUUGAAGAGGGAUGAACAAUAUGGGUGACAUUUCAUUCAACAUUAAUAGUACAUGAACUUGUCUGUCUGUCUGUCUAUCCAUCUUAAUGAUCUUCCCGUCAAGGGAACUCGUCAAACUCCCACAAGGGGAUG